AUGUCCCUCACCCUCCAGCCCGUCGACUCCCUUCCUUACGUCGAUGGAGAUAUUUCUGAUGCCGAUCGUGCAAGAGCGCAGGCUCUGAUCACCAGAGAACUUCCAACUGACCAUCAGUCCACGCUUCACCCCUCUCUACCCCUUCCUCCUACGGUCAAUUUCUCCGGGCUGUUCAUCGCAGAACUUAAGCGAGUAGCGGCAGGCAAACCCUUGCACGGAGGAAUUGACCUCACCAGGUAUGAAGCACCUGAUGAACCAGGUACUGAUACGCCGCAAGAGGCGUGGCGGCAAGCACUAAGGAAUGCAUACGUCUCAAGCAUGUACCUGUCAGACAGACAGUCAAACCUGGCACUGCUGGAAGAAUUUGGGAAGAACGCUUGGCUUAUCGGCAAUUCUCAAAUGGAACACCUGCUGCACGAUCUGGAACAGGAACUAAGCCGGCUCAAGGACGAGGUUGAGAGUGUGAAUAAAGCACGAAAGGCCGCACAAGAAGGUUCCCGAGGAGAAUUACUGGGACUAGAAGAUACUUGGAGACAAGGUAUCGGCAGAAUAUUGGAGGUCCAGGUUGCGGAGCGUGGUCUGCGACAGCUCAUUCUUGAGCGUAAAAGCAAUCCUGGAUCCCUAUCUGCCUGA